AUGAAGAUUAUCGAUGAUGAACAUGUCCUUCGGGAAGGAUUCCACCAUUUCGAAGAAGCCGACAUCAGCGGAUACGAUGUAAUUCUGGGUAUGCCAUGGUUGCAAGCUGCGAACCCCGACAUUGACUGGGUGCGAAGAUGCUGGACCUAUAGGAAAGCGUCAAAUAUCAGCCACGUGCACCUAGAUACCGCUAAGGAAUUUGCAACUUUAAUGGACAACAGCAACAUUAUAUUCGCCGCCUUUCCAUUGCGAGCUGCGCACGCAGCGACUGAGCCAAAUAUCCCGGAUGAUUAUAAGGAUUAUCUUGAUGUAUUCCGAGAAGAUAUACCUGACGCGGAGCACGCACCCCACGAUCAUGCCAUAGAUCUCAAACCUGGCAAGGAACCACCGUACCGACCGAUAAAUAACCUGUCACCUCAAGAACUCUCUGUCCUCCGAGAAUAUAUCGAAAAGGCAUUAGAGAAGAAUUGGAUACGCCCGUCCAAGAGCCCAGCCGAAAUUGGAUUUCUGGGUUUUGUGAUUACCACGCAGGGCAUCACUGUCGAAAAACGCCGCGUCGAUACGAUCCUAGAUUGGCCUGAACCGCGAACAAUAAACGAGCUGCAAACAUUCCUAGGAUUCGCCAACUUCUACCGACGAUUCAUAUACAAGUUCUCGAUAAUAACGGCACCCCUGACUGAGUUGCUAAAAGGAUACGAAACAAAAAAGGGGAAGAACAACGCACCUGUCCAACUGAACGAGAACUGCAAGCACGCAAUACUGCAGUUAAAAGAAUGCUUUUACAGAAGCACCGUUAAACGGACGGAUCUGGCGUUGCAAUCGCCGCAGUAA